UUUUCUUUGAAAUUACCGCCUCCAUUUUACUAAUUGGCUAACUAAUCAUCAUCCUUUUCAAACCUUUCGCUGUCCCUGCCGUGGGACUAAAGAAGCUGCCGCUCACUUUCUCCUCUGGCCAGCCGGCCGGAGUCCGCAGCGAGAGAGCAGAGGAGUCGAUGAUCAAUCAAUAAACCCGUCAGCCAGCUGGAAACAUUCUGCAGAGGGACAGCUGAUGGUGCCAAGGAACAAACAGAGAUGAAGGCAACUGGGUAUUAGUAUUACAGGCAAUGUCAGCCGUUGCACCGCCACUCGCUGCCACCGCAGCCGCAGGAUGUGAUCCACCGGCGCAGAAGCCUCAGGAAGAGAUCAUCACUGUCAAUCCUAAGCCGGAUCUAACAAUGGAGGAGGAUCCGGCAGCCGGCUCGUAUCCAGUACUCGUGCAGAUUACUACGGCAUCAUCGUCUUCCUUGGCAGAUGGUAUGCCGAUGCUGCUCAUGAGGUCCGAUGACUCGUUGCCGGGCAGUCUCCAGGGCGUCCAGGCACCUUUGCAGCUGGUCCCGGCCACCGCCAGCUUCAAGGACGCCGGCGCCGCCCCGACGACCCAGCACCAGCAGCAGGUGAAGAGGGAGUCCGCCGCCCGGGAGCUCCGCGGCUGGCUAAUGGUGCUGGCCACCGUCGUCGCCUCCAUCACCUACGCCUCCGGUCUCAGCCCGCCAGGUGGUUUUCAAAGAUUGCACGCGGAAUCCUCUAGCGCCGGUGCCGUUGCCGCCACGGUGGCACCGCCGCCGCCGCAUUUGGGAGCCUCCUUUGUGGACCGGAUGAUGCCUGUUCUGCGCGACGUGAGCCCCACGAGGUACAGAACCUUCUACUACAGCAAUACCGCUGCCUUCGCCUUGUCGCUCUCUAUCGUCCUGCUGCUGGCCAGCCAUGACCUGCGGAAGCUGGCCAAGCUGAAGGCGCUCGAGGCCCUCGUUGGCAUGGACGUGUUGGCGCUGCUGGUGGCCUACAUCGCCGGGUCCACUUUCAGCUUCGUGGAGCUGGUUGCCUGCGUUGGGCUGGUACUCAUCGUGCCACUGGCUCUUGUCCUCAUGUCCUCGCGUCUCUGCGGGAAAUUCUUCUGGGAUGAGCUCUGAUCGAUUUCCAUGUAUGUGAAUGGUCUAUUUUCGUUCCAAUGCACUGCUGGAUGCCUGGAUGAUUGGAUGGCAGGAAUGCAUAACAUACAAACAGAAUAUACAAGAGUAGUGUUUUCCUAAACAGGAAGUUUAUGCAAAUUAUUACUCCGUUCCAUAAAGGUUGGCGCGGUCUUGAACUAGAAAGUUCGAAGCCGCGCUAACCUUUAUGGAACAGAGUGAGUAUUAUACAAAUGUGCAACAUAUAGUGUGAUAAAAUCCUCUAGUUGGCAUCUGCCUAGCACCAGUACUUAACAAAAACCAGUUAAUUUUCUUAAGCACCGGACAUGCUCUUAAGGCACCUAAUGGGACGAUCAUUAGAACCCAGCCUCUUUCAGACUUGAGAUUCAGCCAAUCCUCCCAGCUCCCAAACAUUAGUCGAUCAAUAGAUCAAGCGCACCUCUUACUCUGUGCGCCUAGGCACCCCCAUCUCAUCCCCUUCUCCAGCAAUGGGCUGGGAGCCUGGGACUUGGGAGGUUACAAGCCUCGUCCACCAGCUACGCACAACAGCUUCCUAAGAUCCAAUCCACACCCUUCUGGUUCCCAAGAUCCAGACACGAACAUGGAGUACAAUGAGAAGCUUACCAUAACACUGGACAGUGACAUUGAUGAGGAAACAUUUGUGGUUGUAUAGUCGUAACAAACUUAAAAAAAUAUUCAACCAGAUGUUCGAUGCUCUCCAAAAUGGAUGAAUUUCCUGGGAUGCAGAUGCACCUUCUGAUGUCUUCAAACAUAAUUCACUGCUGAGGCAAAGUGUUCACAU